AUGAUGCAAGAAAAUGGCACCGAAGUUACUGAAUUCUGUCUCCUGGGAUUUGGUGUCCAACACAAGUUUCGCUGUGUCCUCUUCAUCAUAUUCCUUAUGAUCUAUGUGACCUCUAUGAUUGGUAAUAUUGGAAUGAUUCUACUCAUCAAGAUAGAUUCCAGGCUUCAAAUUCCCAUGUACUUUUUCCUACAGCAUUUGGCUUUUGUUGAUAUCUGUUAUACCUCUGCUAUCACUCCCAAGAUGUUGCAAAAUUUUAUAGUAGAGCACGCAACUAUAUCAUUUCGUGGCUGUGUAAUGCAGCUCUUGGUUUAUGCAAUAUUUGCAACCAGUGACUGUUACCUCUUGGCUGCCAUGGCAGUCGACCGUUAUGUUGCCAUCUGUAAACCACUUCGCUAUCCCAUAAUCAUGUCUAAAACCGUCUGCAUCCAGUUGGUAGCUGGGUCCUACAUAAUGGGCUCAAUAAAUUCCUCUGUACACACGGGUUUCACAUUUUCAUUGCCUUUCUGCAAGUCCAAUCGCAUCAAUCAUUUUUUCUGUGAUGUUCCCCUAAUCCUUACCCUUUCGUGUUCCAGUGUUGCUAUCAACAUCAUGUUGCUUUUAGUCUUCGUGGGAUUUAACUUAAUGUUCACUGUGUUGGUCGUUGUCUUCUCCUAUGCGUACAUCUUAACCACCAUCCUAAAGACACCUUCCAGCACAGGGAGGAAAAAGGCUUUCUCUACGUGUGCCUCCCACCUGACAGCAGUAACCAUUUUUUAUGGAACUCUCGCUUACAUGUAUCUACAGCCUAAUUCUCAUAAUUCCCAGGAGAACAUGAAAGUGGCCUCCAUAUUUUAUGGCAUUGUGAUUCCAAUGUUGAACCCUCUGAUUUAUAGCUUAAGGAAUAAGGAGGUAAAAGAGGCUUUAAAAAUGAUAGGAAAAAAGUCAUUUUAG